AUGUUCAACGUCGUCGCGAUAAGCCCAUCAUGGGUGUUUUGGGGUGUUGCCGCCCUCGUUUUGCUAGGCAUCUGGAUGUAUGGAAUGUCCUCGGAUAUUCCCUUUAUCAAAGGGAUCCCAGAGAUGCCAUCGUCGCUUCCAUUCAUCGGGCAUCUUCACCUUCACGCAGGCGUAUCAGGUGUCAAUGAUGGCGCUCUGUGGUCUUCCUGGGCUAGGAAGUUCGGCUCAGAUCUUCUUCAGGUCAAAUUUGGCAGAAACAGAGUUGUCAUCGCCAACAGCUUCGACGCAGUCAAAGAACUUUUCGUGACAAACGGACAUCUCACAUCUGCAAGGCCGGAGCAAUUUGUGUUUGAAAGAUACAUUGGGUAUGACCUUGGUUCUCACUCACUGGACGAGAACUUCAAGCCACAACGACUCGCAGCACUUAAAGCUGUGAAGCCACAUGAAUGGCCACGAUUCUACCCUGGACUUGACCGAGAAGGCGACAAACUGAUCAUCAGUUUAGCAGAACAAGGUGAUUACGGCCGGGCAUCUCUCAAUCCUCUCAAACUGCUACAGAUCGUUGCCAUGAACCUUGGGUUUCAGAUUACCUUUGACAAGAAAUUUGACGAUGCCCAUGAUCCGUGGUUCCGGGAAUACAUCGAAAAUGCUAUGAAAAUCACAACAGUACGUGGUGCAUCCAAUACUUGGGCAGACUUUGUGCCUAUUCUUCGAUUCACACCGAAGUUUCGUCGGCAGGCGCGUCUGGCCGAGGAAGCGUCGAAAAAGAGGUCGGCAAUGAUACUAGAGCUCCUUCAGGGCCUCAAGGCCCGGAUCGACCAAGGAGAACACCCAGAUUGUAUUGCUGCAUCAGUUCUGACCGACCCAGAAGCAAAACUUACCCUUCCAAAUGCGAUAAAGUGUUGCACUUCAAUGCUUCAAGGGGGAACUGAAAGCCUGCCGAGUCACAUCUGUGCAGGACUUGGUGGCCUUGUGGCACCCGGAGGCAAAGAACUUCAAGAUCGGGCAUUACAGGAGAUCUUGGAACACUACCCCGACGGAGAUGCCAAAGUCCAUGCUUUCAGCGAGGAAAAAGUACCAUUUGUCGCAGCAUUGUACAAGGAAAUCCUUCGAAAUUAUGUCGUCUUGCCAUUCAGUCUCCCACACGAGGCUAGCGCGGAUAUCACUCUGAAAUCCGGUGUGACCAUUCCGAAAGGGACUCGACUGUACAUGAACUCCGAAGCCGCAAAUCAUGAUGGGGAGUACUUCGGAAAGACGGUCGACGAAUUUGAGCCAGCACGCUGGCUGGAUCCGGAGAUGAACAAAGGAGGCAUGAACUAUUUCUCGUAUGGCGUCGGGCCACGAAUCUGCCCAGCCUGGUCAAUCGCGAAUCGCAUCAUGUACGGAUUGUUGUUGCGCAUCCUGCUUGCUUUUGAGCUAGAAAUGGACCCGGCAGACCCACCGCCAAAGUCAUGGAAGACGUUUGGUAGUACGCCGAGUGGAGUCUUGAACGCACCAAAGAUGUUCAAGGUGCGAUUUGUCCCUCGAAAUGAGGAGCAAUUGAAGCAAGAGGUGAACGAAAUGAAGACGAAAAUGGGGCAAAGGUAG